UGAGUUGGCGACGGCGGAAAGGAGACAAUGGAGAUUGGAGAUGCUAUCCGGCGAGAUUGCCCGGAUCAAGGGCAGCGGGAGGUGGCGCGCUUCGCCACCAGCACCAUGGACAGCGCCACGGCCCUGCUGCAGAGCGGCCCGUUCAGCCGCGAGCCCGAAGACGCCGUGUACGGAGCGGAUUGCUUCCUUGACCUCUGCCAGCCAACAAGGUACUUGGGGAGGGUAAUGCCUCACGCUUCUGUUACUUCCUCUCUGAAAAAAUGGGGAAAGCUAUACUGUGCCUGACUAUUUUCCUAUCUGACGUUGUUGGUGAUUAUUCCACAAGAUGGUUUCUCAAAUAAAAAAAUAUAAAUAAACGAGGUGUGACGCCGGCCUAGUUUAGGCUACUUUUGACUACAAACUCCAAAAAGGUUAAUUUUAGGCUAAGUUUAAUAUCCGUGUCUGUUGACUAAAGGAUACUACAUGUUGCUUUAAUCAUGGAACGAAAUGCAUUUCUUCGAUUUUUUGUUAGUACAUGCUAGUGCAUGAUGAUGAUGAUGAUGAUAAGAAAGGGUCAAUUUAGCAUUAUUGAUGUGUAACAAGAAACUAACCCCGGCCGCGGAUUCGGCAUUGUAUUUCGGACCUUUUUUUCUAUCUAUUAAUACAAUGACGCGCAGCUCUCUUGCGUGUUCGAGAAAAAAAUGUGUUUCUGAACUCGGGGGGAAAGUGGUCAACAGCACCAUGGGCGUAGUUUCUCCUAAAGUGAUUGUGAAUGGACUUUAAUCUCCAUCAUCAAGGGAAAGGGUAUGCGUGUGUGUUUCGGCUUGAAUUUGUUCCCGCAUGUUCCUGCCCAGUUGAGUUGGCCCCUACUGCUAGAUGAUAUCACUAUGACUUUGCCAGUAAGCUUCCUGCAUGUCUCUACCAAACUACUCUGUUAUCUCUGCAGUCUGCACUGAUUCAUCCUGCAGGUCUCAGGUCUCUCUCAACAACUCUCCACUGAUGCAGGCACUGGUGGUCUAUGGUCAGUCAGAGUCUUUCUGUGGUACAAAGCAAUCUCCGGCAGUUAACUUUUGCUCUCACUAUGAAUUUUGACUUCAUUGGUGAAAGGAUGGAACAAAAGUUUCAUGAAGCUAGCUGACCAAACAAAAAUAUUACUACUUGCCAAGACCUUGGGAUAUACAGGCUAAAACAUGUCACUGUCAAUUGGUACCAUUGAUAGAUGACCACUCCAAGUUGGGCAUUACUUUCUCUACUACUGCUAUAGCUCCACUGUAAAAGCUCAUGUUUUGGAAUCCGCAGCAUUCAUUCACACAUAAUUUUCUAAGCUGUUGCCUAGUUCCUGAAUCACAGUGGCGAUGCUGGAAGCGUUUGCAUUGAGGUUGGCUGCCAUGCUCUUCCACAUGGCCAGGCAAGAAACUGAUAUGCUCUUGGGUGUUCCUGGAGAGAUCAGCAAGCUUCAGAGGAUUUUCAGUGAUCUCAGCAGAAUAUUGGUUGAUGCUGAGAGGAACCACAUCUGCAACAACAAUGCUACUGUGGGUAAUUGGGUAAGUGAGCUCCGAGAUGCCAUGUAUGACAUGGACAACGUCCUUGACAAGUGGCAGAUCCUGCAGUGGGGAAAGAAGCCUUCGACCUCAUCCAUGUUAGAGUGUUGCAAAAUCUCUCUGCUCUUCUGUCAUUGCAACCCAGGCGGUACAUACAAAAUUGGGAGGAAGAUCCAAGCACUUAACAAGAGGCUGGAGGACAUUAUGCAAAGGAGCAAACACUUUGAUUUCAUCUCGAAGGUGGUAGGCUCAUCCAGGUAUCUUGACCACAAGGCUGUUAAAUACCAUCGAAAGUCUGGAUCAUCGAUCAUCCGCUCUGAUAUUGUUGGAGAGAAGGUUGAGCAAGAUACGAGGAUGCUCGUGAAUUACCUCUUGAGCCAAGUGGAUACUCGUGCCAAAUGUUUGGACAUUUCCACAGUUGUCGUUAGCAUUGCUAUUGUUGGCCUUGGUGGUAUAGGUAAAACCACUCUAGCUCGUAUGAUUUUUAAUGACAGUGCUGUGGAGGAUAUGUUUGACAAGAGGAUAUGGCUUAGUGUUAACCAGGAUGUGGACGAAACUGAUGUUCUUCAUAGGGUUUUAGCUGCUCUUGAUGGUAAGUAUAACUACAGGGGUUUUGUUGGAGACAAGGACCAACUUGAGUGUGCGGUGAAAUGUGCAGUGAGACACAAAAAGUUUUUGCUGGUAAUGGAUGAUGUGUGGAGUGAUAGCAUCUGGAAUGAACUUCUUAGGGUCCCACUUAAUGAUGGUGCUCCAGGUAGCCAGGUGUUGGUGACUACGAGAAAUCAUGGAGUUGCAUGUAGAAUGAAAGCACAAUUAUUCCACCAUAUUGACAAGCUAAAUCCUGAAGACUGUUGGUCUUUGCUUAAGAAGGUACUUUUCAAUGAUGAGGAUAAAUCUGAGAUUGUUGGGCUAGAGGAUAUUGGUAUGGAUAUUGUAAAAAGAUGUGACGGAUUGCCACUUGCAGUUAAGGUUGUUGGAGGACUUCUACUCAGCAGAAGCAGAAGAAGAGGUGCUUGGAUGGACAUUCUUGACCACUCGGCAUGGUCCUUAAUGAGUGACGAUCUUAACAAUGCAGUCUUCUUAAGCUACGAAGAAUUGUCUCCUCCUUUAAAGCAGUGUUUUUUACAAUGUUCACUAAUUCCUAAGAGUAAAGUAAUUCAGCGUAGAACUAUUGUCCAGAUGUGGAUUGCCGAAGGUUUUGUAAGAGAUGACACUGGUUCUCAGCUACCGGAAGAUUUAGGAAUAGAGUACUACAAAGAGUUAAUCUCAAGGAACCUUAUAGAAUAUGAUACUCAAAUCGAGGAUCAAUCAGGAUGGAUCAUGCAUGAUGUUGUUCGCUCCUUUGCACAGUAUGUAAUAAGAGAUGAAGGGUUGCUGGUAAGUGAGGGAAAAAGCAUAGACAGUUCUGUUGGCAACCUGAAGUUCCGCUGCUUAUCUGUGUCAACCAAAGAAGUAGACUGUGCAUCUUUACAAAAACAAAAGUCACUGAGAACCUUGAUGCUAUUUGGGACCGCCACAGUUGAGCUAAAGUUUCUACUGAAUAAGUUUCCAUAUCUACGCGUAUUACAUCUGCAAGAUGCAGAUGUUGCUGAACUGCCACAGUCUAUUUGUGACUUAAGGCAUUUGAGAUACUUGGGACUUGAAGGCACAGGCAUAACAACAAUCCCACGAGGUAUAGGAAAUUUGAAAUUCCUACAGCAUAUGGCCCUUAAUAGAUGUAAAAAUUUGAUGCAACUACCAGAUAGCAUUGUUCAGCUGCAACAUCUGAUGUCACUAAACAUAAGAGGAACCAAGAUAUCAUCAAUAGUUAGGGGUUUCGGAAAUCUACAAAAUUUGGUCCAGUUGUGGGGGUUUCCAACCAACUUACAGGAUAAGAUAGGUGACCGGUGUAGCUUGGGAGAAUUGGGGCCUCUGUCAAAACUCAAGUUGCUGACCAUAGAGGGUUUGGAGAAGGCAUUUGCUGGUUCUAUGGUGGCUGAAGCUAAGCUAAGCAGCAAAUCCCACCUCACACAGUUGGAGCUUAAAUGCGGCAGUAUGCUCAAAGACAGGAAGGAGGUAGAAGCUGACCGCAAAGACUAUCAUACUACACAAAUCGAAGAGGUGUUCGAUGACCUAUGCCCUCCACCUUGCAUAGAAGACAUUGUGCUUACUGGCUACUUUGGACAUCAGGUGCCUAAGUGGAUGGCAAGGAUGGCAGCAUUCCAGAACUUAAGGUUGCUGGUGAUACGGGAUUACCCAUGCUGUAAGCAGCUGCCGUCUGGUUUAGGCCAGAUACCCUUCCUUGAUUAUAUUCGGAUCCUUCAUGCUCCAUCAAUCGAGUCUAUUGGACAUGAAUUCCUCCUCCCUUCCUUUGGUAGUGAUGGAACCGGCACAGAUGAGACAUCAGAGAUAACAGAAACAAGCACUGGCACGAGGCAACCUUGUCAUCUUUCUUGUGAUGUCGAUGUUGCAUUUCCCAAGCUGAGGGAACUUGUUUUGGACCAGUUGAUGGAAUGGAGAGAAUGGUAUUGGGACGAGCAAGUCCAAGCAAUGCCUGUUCUUCAGUCACUUAGAAUUGACAGCUGCAAGCUGAAUCGUCUUCCUCCAGGACUUGCAUGCCAGGCAAGAUCCCUUAGAAAGUUGUGUCUGGUGAAUAUCCUGCACCUAGUCUCUGUCGAGAAUUUCCCAUCACUUGUUGAGCUUCAUCUGAGUCAGAACCCAGAACUUCAGAGGGUCACUAACAAUUCAAGCUUGCAAAAGAUUGAAAUUACGAAUUGCCCAGCGGUAGUGGUGUUGGAGGAUUUGCCAGCACUACAGAGCAUCACUUGGGAUGACUUGGAUGCUGAAACACUCCCAGAAUACUUGCGAGAAGUGGAGAUAAAAAAGUUGGACGUAAAAUGCAGCCUAACAUUGCUCCAAAUUGGGGUAAGAUCCAGCAUGUCCAACGACUGAACGCUCGCGGAGGCAGACAGCCUGAUGGAACAUACAAGCACUAUGUCCUCUAUGCCAAGGCAACAUCCUGCUUUGACACGAACAUCACCAAGACCAGCAGAUUGCAGGAUGCGUAUAAUAAGGAGGUGGCACAGGAACAGGGGAAUGGAAGAACAUGAGAAAUGCAUGAAUGAUUCCAAUUUCCAAUGGUCAAGUUCAGAUCGGUGCUUAUAUUCUCCAAGCUUUGUAAGGCAGCCUUCAAGUUGAAGCACCGUCGCUACCAUCUACUGCUUCCAAACAGAGUUUUUAGGAGCUGGGGAUAUUGAAGCAAAACGAGUUGGUUGCAUAUUGCAGUAUGGGUGGCUGGCUACCUUCUUGCGACUGUGAAUCUGUGAUGGUCUUGUUAGCUGACUGACUACAGAUAUCAUAGUAAUACGUGUUGCUGUAACCAUGUACUCAAAACUAAUGCAUCUGUGCUGACUGUACAUUUUUCUUCAAUUCCUAGUCAGACACGCUACAUGACCCAGGGAAUAAAUGGCCAGAUUAUCACCGUUCUGCUUUCUCCUGAAGUAGAGGCCGGGAAUGCAGACUUCGAUCUCCAUCAUUGAAAAAGGGAAA